AUGUGCACCCUCUCGCUCUGCCUCACCUACCUGUGCUACAGCCUGAUGGGGGGCACCGGCCCGGGCGCCCCGCGCUCCCCCGCCGGCCUGCGCGGCUCCCCGGCCCCCAGCGCCCCGCGCGGCUCCCCGGCCCCCAGCGCCCCGCGCGGCUCCCCGGCCCCCAGCGCCCCGCGCUCCCCCGCCGGCCCCCGCGGCUCCCCGGCCCCCAGCGCCCCGCGCUCCCCCGCCGGCCCCCGCGGCUCCCCGGCCCCCAGCGCCCCGCGCGGCUCCCCGGCCCCCAGCGCCCCGCGCUCCCCCGCCGGCCCCCGCGGCUCCCCGGCCCCCAGCGCCCCGCGCGGCUCCCCGGCCCCCAGCGCCCCGCGCUCCCCCGCCGGCCCCCGCGGCUCCCCGGCCCCCAGCGCCCCGCGCUCCCCCGCCGGCCCCCGCGGCUCCCCGGCCCCCUGCGCCCCGCGCUCCCCCGCCGGCCCGCGCGGCUCCCCGGCCCCCAGCGCCCCGCGCUCCCCCGCCGGCCUGCGCGCCUCCCCGGCCACCCCCGCGCCCCCCACUCGGGCCAGCAACGCCAGCCGCCCGGGGGGGUCGGCGGCCGCCUGGCUCCGGACCGCGCUGGCCCCCGGCGAGGUGAUCGCGGCGCCGAGCGGCGCCUUCGAGAGGGACCCGCAGGAAUCCAGCACCACGGACGAGGAGCUGAGCCGGGCGGGCAGCACCACGCCGGACUACGGCGAGAAGCGGCUGCCGCAAGCCCUGAUCGUCGGCGUGAAGAAGGGGGGCACCCGGGCGCUGCUGGAGGCCAUCCGGGCGCACCCCGACGUGCGCGCCGUGGGGGUCGAGCCCCACUUCUUCGACAGGAACUACGAGAAGGGGCUGGAGUGGUACAGGAAUGUGAUGCCCAAGACUCUGGAUGGACAAAUAACGAUGGAGAAGACGCCGAGCUAUUUUGUGACCAACGAGGCCCCAAAGCGCAUUCACUCCAUGGCCAAGGACACGAAGCUGAUCGUGGUGGUGCGGAACCCCGUCACCAGGGCCAUCUCAGACUACACGCAGACGCUCUCCAAGAAACCUGAGAUCCCCACCUUCGAAGUACUCGCCUUCAAGAACCGGACCCUGGGACUGAUCGAUGCCUCCUGGAGCGCCAUCCGCAUUGGGAUCUAUGCGCUGCACCUGGAGAACUGGCUGCAGUAUUUCCCACUUUCCCAGAUCCUCUUUGUCAGCGGCGAGCGGCUGAUUAUUGACCCAGCUGGAGAAAUGGCCAAGGUCCAGGAUUUCUUAGGCCUCAAAAGGAUUGUGACAGAGAAGCAUUUUUAUUUCAAUAAAACCAAGGGGUUUCCUUGUUUGAAGAAGCCAGAGGACAGCAGCGCCCCCAGGUGCCUGGGCAAAUCCAAGGGUCGAACUCAUCCCAAAAUAGACCCAGAUGUUAUCCACAGACUGCGCAAGUUUUACAAACCAUUCAAUGUCAUGUUUUACCAAAUGACAGGUCAAGAUUUCCAGUGGGAACAGGAAGAAAGUGAUAAGUAAAGCCAAGAGAGCAGGGAAAAAGCUAUCUGCCAUCUAGAGGUGAAUCGUUGUCAGAGACACUAAACUCACACAGGGCUAAAGUCUCAGUCUUGUGACAAAGAGACUCUUGCAGCGUCAAGGUUAAAGUCAAGCUGAACAGCAUUUCUAGCUCUGAAACCUUCAUGUCACAGCGAGUACAGGUUGCAUUUGGGUCUGUUCCAAGCCCUCCCACUGUAUUGUAUUGCAAGAAUUGCUGGGGGAGGCUCCAGUGGGACAGGGGAGGCUACCUGUUUCUAGCACUUUGUUCCUGGUGCUUCCUGUCAGUGCCAGAUAGUCAGUAUUCAGUGAGUCCUACCCACGGCCAACAAAGGAUGAGGGGAAGCUUAUAGAAUCCCAAUAGCGACAAGGCAAGCCGACAGAUUCAAUUUCUUCUGCACUACUUUAGUUUUGCCUUGCUGGCAGUCAGGUGGUAUCAGAUCACACACACACACACACACACACACACACACACAGCAAAGCUGCAAAGAAUCUAUUUACAGAUACUUUACUUGCAUACUAGUUACACCUUGCACUAGCUACCGUUUACCAAGUGCCACAAAUAUCCUGAGCCCGAGUCUUUUCUCACUUUUGAGUGUAACUCCAUUAACUGAAUAGAGUUGCUUGUGAUUUCCUCUGGUCUGCAGUGAGACCAGAAUCCAGGCUUCCUCUCUAGGUCCUCAUAUGCUCCUUUAGAUGAUCACGCGCUAAAAACCACUGCCAUGCACUGGCACCUAAGGAGCCAGCUGAGAGUGUUCUCAUGGGAUCCAUCCCAGAAAGCUUGGCCUGGACGCAUGGCAUAGUCGCCUAGCAGAAGGUGCAGUGUCCCACUCACCGCUCUUCCUGCAGGCAGGGAAUGAACUGGCAUUUCUCAGUCAUUCUGGAAACCCACUGCUUCCCCGCAGAGCAGAUGGCAGUUGAGGUUGUCAUUACAGGCAGCUUUUUAGUUCUUUGCUAGGUGGCUAUUAGCCCAGAAGGAGAAUCCUCUACUGAGUAAAACCUCAUCGCAGUAUCUAGAGUGGUGUGCAAAAUCCAGACACAGGCCAGACUUUCAAAAACGCUGAGCAGCCGCAAAUGCCACUGGAGUCCCUGGGGCUGUGGGUGCCAACCCGUGGGGCUGCGGGUGCCAGCCGGUGGGGCUGUGGGUGCCCAGCACUUCUGAAAAUCCGGACUCAGCUGGGUUGCAAAACCGUGAAAUAGUCUUCAUCUUUGCUCCAAAAUCUGCAGAGAGAAGAAAAGGUCAUUUCCACUGAGCGAGUGCUCACUACCCUGGAGAAAGCUUCAUUUCCAAGUGGAAAUGACAAAGGUUUAUGAUCAACCAAAUUGGCAAAUCCCAGUGGAAACUAUAAGAUACGCACCCAUCACUCCUAGAAUCUCAGCAAAACCGAAGCGAGCUGCAUGCCUGGAUCAGCAAAGACAAGGUAGCGGCAGUUUGACACAGCUGCACUAUAUUCCAUGUCUGUUACGGAGAAAAACCCAGUAACAGUGGGCAUGAAAGGAAAACACUGUGUUACCUGUGAGGGAACAUUUCCUUCCUUGGGGUGAUUUCUUGCUGUCUGGGGUUUAUUCUCUUUUCUUUUCCUUUUAUUUACUGUUUAAAAAGAGCAGCAGUGGGGCCUGCUUUUGCAGGGGGAGGGAGGAAGGUGUUUUAUUUUUGUCAAGCCUCAGUGCUCCUUUGAGAUGUUGCGUUUUGUUGCUGUUUGAAAGCAGCAAGAAAGCGCAGCUUAUGCAUACCUGAGCAAGACCAAGGCUCGGUUUUGAUUACGGUGGCAAGAAAUCCUUGUUGAUCCAACUAACCAAAGGAAAUGUCACUAAAACACUGUUAAGCAAGGUAACAAGCUGAACCUGCUUUGGGUUUCAUGGCCUGUCAUGUGGUUCAUUACACAAUAAAGUGGGGCUAGUGCUUUGGAUUGUAUAAAAGGAGCUAAAUUCAUUUGUCAGAUUUCGACUGUGGGCCAGGUUUGGGGAGCAUCACAUUCGUUCCCGCUGAAGUAAAUGUCAGUUCAGAUUAGCCUGAUUAGGUUUUAAAACAGCGUCUGACAAAACACUUUCUCACCGACCUGCAAACCCAGAAAUAUAUUGUACAAACACUGGAAAUAUGUAGUAAGGGGGGACAUUCAAUUGUUUCAGAUGUUAUUAAAACGUCAUUUCUUCUGCAAAAUGAAAGCUGGGUUGUUAGGCCAUUUGGUGCAAAAUGAUUCCUGGCUUCAGAGGGAGGGCAUUUUUUUUAAAUCUUCCCAAUUUCUAGGGUCCUGCUGACAUGGACACCCCAAGUCUUUUCUUAUUUCACAUGCCCUGCAAACCCGGAACUCGUUUUGGUCUCACUCCUGCCCGAUGCUGAGCCCCGCCCGGAAAUAAGCGGUUGCCCGUCCACCCAGGGGAGAUGAUGGAACUGAGGGCACUCAGCACCUGGCAGGAUCAAGCCCUUUCAACUAAUCUUUGCAAAAGAGGAUUAAAAAGUUUAUUUUCCUGACCGUAGUUUCAUUAGCAGUCAGAACAAUGCCACGUGAACCACAGCUGCUGCUGGGGCAUCUGGCCCAACCCUCAGCAACAACCUGAGCAAGGGGCAGCUUUUCGUUCCCACACGAGACCCUACUGAGCUCAGAGGCCCCCAUAGGAAACCCCCCCCCAGACCGCACCAAAAAUGUUCUUUGCAUAUUUUAA